AUGUAUUUGGGAGAUAGUCACGUUCUGUUGAAUACCUUGUGCUGGUGCUGCCAUAGGAAAAUCUGGUUACACUCCGGGGAGGUCUGCCGCGGCUGCAGGACGGAUCCGCCUCGGCCCUGA